GAAGAACCCGCAUCUGCCAGGCAGCGGCGCCGCCAUGUUGGCCGGUGACGUAGUGACGCUGCGUGCUGCGUUCGAGUGCUCAUCCAACUGUAGGAAACACUAAAACACAUACAACAGAAACGGGGGCGGGGCUAACGAUCGGUCGACGUCACUUGUGGACUGUCCGAAAGCAUGAUGGCGGCGGCAGUAGCAGCGGAGCGGGGCGGCGGUCCCGGAGCUUCUUCUCCCGGUUCCCCCGGGCCCGCGGCGGCGGGUUACUCGGUGCUCGUGGUGGUCGGGGCGCUGCGGACCACCGGCCUGCUGGAGCCGAUCCUGCGCCAGAUAGAGUCCGGUGUGCGUUGCUGGCCUGUAGAUCUGGAUGUUUCUGUUCUGGAUCAGCAGCUCAAACUCUUCGUGUCCAGACACUCAGCCCUCCAAUCAGAGGACGUUCCAGGUCAGAGGACGCUGCAGCACCGCGGAGACAUUCUGGACACUCAGGUCAUCAUCAACCCAGCACACGACUUCGUCUGCUCCGAGGUGCGACGGCUGGUCUGUGAGCCGUCCCGACAUAAGCUGGUGGUUCUGGCGGGUCAGUGUGUGGAGGAGUCUGGAGACAUCGUGCUGCAGAGAGGAGACUUCUCUCUCAGAGACUUCAUCAACAUCUUCAACGAUGAAGAGGUGCGAGAGCUGUUGGGCGGUGCUGACCCGGCUCUGAAGCCCCUCCUCACCCUCAGCUGUCCCGAAGUUGGCGUGUGGAAGCGGGAAGCCGUAACCAUGGUAACCCUGCAGCAGGACUACAUUGAGAUCCAGAUCAACCCGGUCCUGGUCCUGCCAGACAUGGAGGGUCUGCACGAGUUCACGGAGUACCUGUCGGAGUCCCUGGAGCCCGAGUCGGCCUUCGCCCUGCUGGCCCCGCCCAGCACCGUGGGCUUCCUCAAGCUGUCGCGCCCGUGCUGCUACAUCUUCCCUGGCAGCCGCGGGGACUCCGCCUUCUUUGCCGUCAACGGGUUCAACGUGCUGGUGAACGGCGGCUCGGACGCACGCUCCUGCUUCUGGAAGCUGGUCCGCCACCUGGACCGGGUGGACUCGGUGCUGCUGACCCACGCCGGCGUGGACAACCUGCCCGGCUUCAACAGUCUGCUGCAGAGGAAGCUCGCCGAGACGGAGGAAGGCUCGGCCGCCGCGCACGGCGAGGACCACUGCAGCCCGACCGAUUGGAUGCAGCAGAAGAACUUGGUUUCCCCGGAGAUGGGCGUAGUUUUCCUCAACGUUCCCGAAAGACUGAAGUCGGCGGCGGCCGAUCCCUGCGAGCUGCGCAGCUGCGACCAGGCAGCGCUCGCUCUGCAGCUCUUACACAGACUGGGAAUCAAACCAGAACCCCUCAGCCGGGCCAACGGACCCGUCAUAGAGCCUCUCAUCCUGUUCCAGAAGAUGGGCGUGGGCCGCCUGGAGCUGUACCCGCUGAACCCGGUCAGCGGCAGCAAGGACCUCGAUGCCUUCACGCAGACGUGGCCGAACAACGCGUCACAGUCAAAGGGCUCGGAGCUCCCGUUGACCUGCCUGGUUUCCAUCUGCGCUCUACUGGUCUGGCAUCCCUCCAGCCCGCUGGAGAAGAUCAUCCGGGUUCUGUUCCCCGGCUGCACGCCCCAGAACCAGAUCCUGGACGGGCUCGAUAAGCUCAAACAUCUGGAGUUCCUCAAACACCCGGCCGUGUGUUCGAGAGACCUGGAAAUGCAGAAGACGGCAGAGAAACAACCGAAGCGAGCCGAGAGUCGGGAGAGCCUUAAGUCCCUGUCGAAGGACUCGAGAGCGAGCAGCACCACGCAGAAAGACAAACCGCCACGGCAGGAAGUCAAGAAACAGGAAGUGAAGACGAAGCCGAAAGACGGGGAAGAAAAACAGAUCAAGAUGAAGGAGGCAGACACUAAACCAAAGCUGCCGAAAGCUGCCGAGAAACUGGCUGCAAAUCCAAAGAAAGACGUGUCGAAGGAAGAGAAAAAGGAAGUGAAAAAGAAGGACGAGAAGAUAGCUGUCGCUGUCGUAAAGAAAGACGAGAGCGCCGAGAAAAAGAGAGAAGCUGUAAAGAAAGAAGAGAGCACAGAGAAAAAGAGAGAAGCUGUAAAGAAGGAAGAGAGCACAGAGGCUGUAAAGAAGGAAGAGAGCAUAGAGAAAAAGAGAGAAGCUGUAAAGAAGGAAGAGAGCAUAGAGAAAAAGAGAGAAGCUGUAAAGAAAGAAACUUUUAGCACAAAACCAAAGAAGGACGUCAAAGUGGAACCAAAGAAAGACCCAAAGAAGGAUGUGAAAACGGAGGAGAAGAAACCAGCGAGAGCAGCAGUUAAAGAAGUGAAGAAGGCAGCGAGUGAACGAGUGUUGAGUGCAGACGUAAAGAGAGCUUCUCUGAAGAGCGGGACUCUGAAGAAAGACGCGACUCUUCUGAAGAAAGACUCUUUAAAUAAAGGAACCAAAGCAGGUCCCAAAGAUCCGGAGAACCAGAAGGAUCCAGAUCGCUCCAAGCUGUCGACCCCUGAGGACAUGACGGCCGAGUUCGAGAGACUUCGUGUAGAAGACGACAACGGGAACAGCGGCGACGCAGCAACGGCUAACGGGAAGCAUGUCUCUGCGGGACAGGGUCUGGAGGAGACGGACCGGUUUGUGGGACGGGGUCUGGAGGAGACGGACCGGUCUGGACCGGACCGGGCUCCUGCAGAACUGACGGGUCUGGAGGACGCUGGAGCUUUAGGAGAAGACGUUUUGUCUCUGAGUCUCUUCAGAAACCUCACGGCCGACUCUUCCAGCACCGUGCCGUCUCUGCCCGCUGAGAUCACGUCUCCUCACUCUACGGAAGUCGAUGAGUCUCUGUCGAUGUCUUUGGAGCACGCCGCGUCGCCCCGAGCAACCUCCGGAGACGGAGACGGAGUCUGCUCUAACGGACACGUUAGCAACUCGGACGCCGGGCCUCUGGGAUCGAACCGUAACCGUGGGAACGGGCCAGAGGAACACGGUAUCCACGGGAUGCCGGAGAUCGUCUCGGACGUUCCCCACGAUGUUGACCUCUGCCUGGUGUCGCCGUGCGAGUUCCAGCACCCCAGGACGCCAGAGAGCCGCCAGCAGCCCGCUAGCAACGCUACCAACGUUAGCAAUGUUAGCAACGUUAGCCCCGCCCCAGACGCCUCCAACAACAACAACAACAACAACAACAGUCACUCACAGGAUCAGAGCAGCAGCGACUUCCCUUCGGCCUUCAGCCAGGAGACUCCUCCCACAUCGCUCAGCGAGACUCCGCCUACAUCGCUCAGCGAGACUCCGCCCCCAUCGCUCAGCGAGUCCCUCCCGACAGCGUCGGACUCGGCUGUCCCGCCCUGCAGCGAGGACUGUCCGUCCAUCACGGCAGAUCUGGACUCUGACGAUGAUUCCUGUCGGCUUUAUGGUCACGUUUCUCUGCACGACCCGCCUCCGGCGCCCGUCAAGGACCUGCCGCCGCUCCCGCCGCAGCCUGGCGCCUGCAUGGCCGACACCGAGGCCGGCCGGAACCUGAAGAGUUCAGCCGCCAAGACCAAGAAACCGGCAGCAGGGACGCUGCCCAAGGCCUCGGGGGGGGUUCCCGCCGCCCUGAACGGGAAGUCUGGGAAGGCCGGCAGCUCGGUGGGCUCUCUGAAGACGCCGUCCGGCCUCGACCCCAAACCAUCGUCCAGGAACUCCCUCGGAGGCUCGCGGCUCGGAGCGGCUAGACCUUCCUCCUCCGCUUCCAGAGCAGCUGGUUCUGCUGGUUCUGCUGGUUCUGGUUCUGAGGGUGGUGCGGUGUACGUGGACCUGGCCUACCUGCCGUCCGGCUGUGCGUCCUCCACCGUGGACCGGGACUUGUUCCGCCGUCUGCGCUCCUCGUAUUACAUCAUCAGUGGAGACGAGCCGGCAAAGGAGGCGGCCAUGAGAAACAUCCUGGACGCUCUGCUGGAGGGGAAGAGCAGCUGGCCAGAUACACAGGUGACUCUGAUCCCGACCUUUGAUUCGCUGGCGAUGCACCAGUGGUACCAGGAGUCCCAGGAGCGCCAGAAGGCGUUGGCGCUGACGGUGCUGGGCAGCAACAGCACGGUGGCCAUGCAGGACGAGACCUUCCCCGCCUGCAAGGUGGAGUUCUGACGCGGUCGCCACGGUUACGCCCCGACCGCACCGACGACGACGGGAGGCGCCGGAUCGGCGGAACAUUCGGAUGAGUCACAGCGCUCUUAUUCUGAAGGGCUGGAGAGACAGGAAGUCCAGGUUCUGCUCUCUGAAAUAAGAAACAUUUUCCUGCACGUGUGAUGUCACUUCCUGU